CGCUUGAGGCCACGGAGAACCUGCCGGUCGUCCACUCGCGCCACUUGCCAAUUUUUUAUUAAAUACUUUUUGCGUGUCUGGUCGCUAUGGUCUAGUUUCUAUAUCUGUGAUAGGAAAAUAAUCUACUUGUGCCACUGUCUUAAUAAUGUAACAUUGUAGCAUAUGUGAUUAGCUUAUAAAAUAGCAAUUUUAAAAUUAUAUUAUGCCAGUAUUAAUGAGUUUGCAUUAAUAUAACAUCGAAAAAUAGAGUUCCUACGUCAAAAGAUAAAUAAACCUUCAAAAAUUCUAAUAUGUAACUUCUUCUUUUUAUGUAAGUAUUCGGUGUAUUUGUCAGUUAUUCCAUUAUAACUACAGCUUGAUACAAAACAUUUAAAUAGUGAACAAACGAAACUUAAUGUGAACAAAUCAGUGUUAAUUCCACAAAAGUGAUGUGAUCAUUGCAAUGAAGGAUUCGGCUCCUAGUUGUGAGGAUGUCGCGGACAAACUGGUGAGGUUGUUUGGGUGGAGACAGACCUACCCAGUGCAGAAACUUCAAAGGAAUAUCCUGCCAAAACCCCAUGAAAAUGCGGGACCAGAAACAUGGGUGGGGGUGCGAGCCCUCCGCGCUAGCUCCGGCGGUAUCUUGGACCCAGAUGACCGCGUGCGGGACGUGGCUGAUGACCGGGAGACCUUGACUGCGGAGUGCACUACCCAAACGCCGCAGCCUCGGGCAGCGCAAGCCGAUGGCGCCAGCGGGUCUUCAGCCGGCACCGCUUCCCCUGACAUGUUUCGGGGAGGUGGUGGUGUUGGCGGUAGUAUGCGGGUCCCCAACACAGAUUCCUGCGUGGAGGUCGGUGAAGCGGAUCUGGAGGACGGAUCUACCGGUCUUCAAGUCCGGCGGGGCAGCGAACCUACGCUGCAUCAGGACACACUUCCCUCACAAAUACCGGUAUCGGAACAAACCAAACGCUGGUCGGCAGCCGUGGUCUGCCGCGACGACUCAAGUCGGAUCCUGCAAAAGGUGCACCCGCUCCCGGACGGCAGACCACCGGACCCGAACCCCGACAGACACUCGCACUCCGCCAACCACUUCCAGAGGCAGACCAAUAGACUUUCUAUGCAGUUUUCUGGGCAAGGAAGCGGCGUGUGGUUAGACGCGGCAGAGAGGAUACAGAGCUACGGCAGCAAGAGUCUCCCGCGGGACCCCAGACGGGACCCCUUGGGGCAGGAUACGCCACAUGACAAUCAAAAUCAUAGGGUAGAGGACAUGCUGCGGUGGGUGUCCGGUGUAAAUAAUAACGUAGCGAGCGUGCAUCCUGUGCAGGAACGCCCACUAGAUCUCUUACCUGAAGUGGGUAACAGCGAGCGCGCGAUCUCAGGCAUGGAAGUCCCCGUGAGCCCGAGCAAACCGUCCUCGGGCUCCAACCAAACUGUCUCCGUGGCCUUGGUGAAGGGCGAGAAGGGGCUCGGCUUCACCAUCACCACUAGAGACAACCCCACCGGCGGACACUGUCCUAUAUACAUCAAGACUAUCCUGCCUAAGGGUGCAGCGGUGACAGACGGGCGACUUCGAGCGGGCGACAGACUUGUGUCGGUCAACAAUGUGUCGGUGUCGGGGCUGUCGCAGCAACAAGUGGUCGCGCUGUUGAGGAACACUCCCACCGACUCCACUGUAGACAUCGUUGUUGAGAGGAACAUGCCUAACAGGACACAGAGGGUAGAACCCCAGCAAAGCCCACAAAAAUACGUGGAAAAGGCAAUAGGAUCUCCCGCCACCCUGGCAAAAGCUGAACAAAAGGCAAGAGAGACGGAAAACGGCCGAGUGUCCAGUAUAGUGAACGCCAUCAACCAGGGCAAAGCGAACAGUUCCUUGCGGGGGAGGAUCCCUAAGAGUUCCUCUAGAGACGACCUGAAGGACCACAGUGGAGACCAGGCUUUGCAGGAUGUACUUAACUCUUCCACUAAUUCUAUCCUUAGUCUUCGAAACCGGCUCAUCCUAAGGCUAGAUGUGCCAGUCCACGACUCGGAGAAGGCGGGGCUGGGCAUCAGCGUCAAGGGCAAGGUCACGGUGGGCAACGACCCGCAAGACCUGGGCAUCUUCAUCAAGUCUGUUCUUCACGGAGGGGCGGCGUCUAGAGAUGGCAGGUUACACACCAACGACCAGCUGCUGAGCGUGAACGGCGUGUCGCUGGUGGGGCAGUCCAACGCGGAGGCCAUGGAGACGCUGCGGCGCGCCCUGCUGCACGCGCGCCCGCACUUGCGCGGGAGCAUCUCGCUCGCCAUCGCGCGCCGCACGGAGAGCAUGGACAGCCUAGCCAGGUGGAAAGACGACACUCCACCCAACGGCAACUCGAACGAUUCCACCAAUCUCUCCAACGACAACUCACAAUUCAACACAGUCAUCUACAACAGCACUGACAAAGAAAACAAACCCGUAGACUUCAACAAGUUUAGUCAAAAAGACGUCGACACCCACGACGGGAAAAAACACGCUUCAAUCGUUACAAUAAAUAAUAAUACAAGUUGGGUUUCGAAUCAGUCUGACGACAGUAAAGGGUAUUUAGAAAGAGAUAAAGAUGCGGUUCCGCAUGAUAGUAAAAGAGAUAGCUUUGAAUGGAGUCGAUUGGAGGGUUGGAAUCCUGUGAUAGACAGACUGACAGGAUUGCGGAAUGAGAGUUAUUAUAUGGCGACGGGGCAGGAAGGGCCGAUGGUGAAUGGACAUCAUUUCAGGCAGAACCUGGGGCACGUGCAUAUGUCAAGGUCGCCGCCUGCGCAUCACAAUGUUAUCAUUGAGGAAGAUUAUGGAACAACCAGGGCGGCAGGCGAAUCUGGCAGCGAAUGCAGCGCCGCAGCGGACGCGUUCAGCCGCGACGCGGUGGGGCGCCGCUCCAUGUCGGAGAAGCGCCACGCCGCCAUGGACGCCAAGCAGACCGGCACCUACAAGAAGAUCAAGGAGAUCAAGGCGGUUCACUCCAUGCAAGUGGGUCCAUCUUUGGGAAUGCGCAAAUCGUCAAGUCUGGAGUCUCUGCAAACUGCAAUACAAGAAACCCAGAGGCAUCCGCGGAAUGAACCUAUUUACGCGCGAGCUCAUCCACCCUUAAAACACUGGCUAACGGACGACCACAAUGGCCCCGAGAGUAUGGUGAGAGGUUCGCCUCAACAGUCAUCGCUCUCACACAAGAAACCUUCGUUACUGAAGUCUCUGUCCACCAUGUUUAGAAUUGGGAAGCCGCACAAGAAGCCGGAAACGGAAGUGUACGGGCGAUCUCAGCCGGGACGCGCCUCUGAGAAGUCUCUGUCCCGGGAUAGUGAGCGGCACGUCCGGGACUCCAGGGAAGCUCUGGAGGAAGAAGGGAAUCAACAUCACAGACUGGAACCGAGCCACUCCCGCCAAAGCAGCGGCGAGCGCAGCCACAAGGGCGACCGGAGGGCGCCCGCGCAGCCGCCGCCCUACCGGGGGCCGCCCGCCAGGACCGCGCCCCUACACCAUCCAGCAAUGGACAGCGCGUGGGGACCCAGCGGCCAUUACGCGAAUUACGAUGAAAUACAACAAAAUCUCAAUGCUCGUCGUGAGAAGCUCAGUGAAGUUCAAAUCGGUCAGAUGAGGAGACAAGUCCACGCUCAAAGAGCCAAAGCCGAGGAGGAGAGUCGUCGUGUCGGCGUAAGCUCGGCUGGGUACCACUCUCAGCGGUCCUGUAGGGACGCGCCGCGGCCGCAGUCCAACUACUACGAGUACGAGACCGCGCCGCCCAGGAGGCCGGGGAAACUAUCACAUUACCACUGAAAUACUUGAUAAAAGUCUGUAUGUCUGACAAAAGAAAGUACUACCACUUAAACGAAUUCGCUCUGAAUUACUUGUGACAAGAAAGAACUAUCAAAACACACGCGUGAUGAUGAAAGAGUUGCGACAAGUUACGACUAUCACUGAAAUACAUUAUAACCAAUUUCAUUAGUUGCACCGGCGACGCAGAAUAGCGCAAACUACCGCCAAAUCAAACACAAUGAAAUUUCAAUAACGACCUUAUUACAAGCACAUUAAAUUUAAAAUCUAAAAAAUGUCUCCUGCUAUUUCGCUCAUGAUAGCCGACAGUUUCGUUCGCGGGUUCAAAUGGCGCGCUCUGAUAGGUUCAAAUAUUUUCGCGCCAUUAAAGAAUUAGACUACUGCGUAGUACAUUGGUGUAGUAUAUAAAAGUGGUUAUACUGUAUCUACUUGCAUUAGGUCUCAAUGAUAAGAGAGGACUAGCACUGAAAACACGCGUUAUAGCUCUGAACGCCUUGCGACAUGAUAUACUAUAACUGAAUUAUGAAUUGCGAUGAGAAGACUCUACUUAAUACAUGCAUUAGCUUCGAAUGCUUUGCGACAAGCUGCGACUACUAACAAUAUGAUGUCCCAUUGUAUAAGAUUUUAGAGACCAAUUGAUAUUGUUUGAUAAACCAGUGAAUAUAUAGCAAGUGUAGUACGGAAAUUGUAUCUUCUAUUGUAUUUUAAGUACUUACAACUAUUAAAUAAAUAAUUACUACAUACAUUCAUCAUCAUUCUGUUAAAAUCUGAUUUUAUUAUUUUAGCAUCAGAAAGCUUUUUUUUUUGACAAGUGAACAUUAUUUGUGCAUCAGAUUGGACGUUAAUCGUUCUUGUUUAUCUAAUUUUCGUAAAAGAUCGUUGUAUGUAGGUUUUUAAUUUUGUGAUGUUGCAAUGUUCUUCAUAUUAAGAGAAAAAUAAAAAAAAAUUUUCCAAAAUGCGCUGCUGGCUUCACCCAAAUUGAAAAUUUAUUUUUAAAAACCUAGAGUUUAUGUAUUAAGAAUUUUUGUCGAGUACUUACGAUUGUAGUUAUUGCGAUCUAAGUGAAACCUCAUAAACAUAAAAACUACUACAUACUUAAAAUCUCAUUGACCAUAAAUGAUCUAAAAAUGUUUUUAAUCUAUUAUUUAAAGAUAAAAUGUUUUUAAGCUGUCUUUAUUAUCUGGGUUAAGAUUUUCAUUGUAGGAUCUGAUCACUUCUCUCUCUCUCGAUAAGAGUAAAAUCCUUAUCACUGUAGUAUUUAUUGUUUUGUACAUGAUUUCACUUUACAUCCUUAUUAAUCCAAAAUGUGCAAGGUUAAGUUUUGUUCACGUGAAAUAAAAUCAAAGAAGCUUUAAAAUAAAUAAUUUUAUGAUAAUGUAAGCCUUUGCUACUUAUGUGUGACUGAAUAAUUUAUUGGUAUUACCUAUAAUUUUAUAAAUUGAAGCUCUUAAUUAUUUUUGUUUAGUAUUUUAGUUGUGAACUAAAAUACAGUCAUAGUCAAGUUCGUGAAAUAUAUUGACCAUGUCUGUAUUUUUUGUUAAAUUGAAAUAAGAUCCCAUCAAUAUGUGAUAAAUAUUAUUAUUCCUUUAUAAAUAAGUAGUCAAAUGAAUUUUUAAAUGUGAACAUUUAGUUUAUUUGUUUGGGUACUGAGUUAUGAAAUCCGUUGUCGAUAUCAAAUUAAAUUAGAUAAGUACCUAUUGAAAUCAUGGUUAAAUUUAUCUUAAUUAUUUAUAUAACUGACGGUUUCAAAUAUAUUUUGAUUUCAAUUAAUUAAGAACUUAAAAAAAAGCAACAUGUUAACAGGUAUCUUUAUUAAUAUCAGAAAGUUCAAUUUUGUCUACUGCUCAUAUUAAUAAAAGAUAUUUUAUUUUUCCAGUUUCCCAUUAGAUAUUGCGACUAUCCAUGUAAAUAUUUUUACUAGACUGUAUAAAAACAGUGUUUAAGCAAUCAACGGAUAUAGUUCUAAAAUAUAAUUAUUGUAGUGAUAAAAUUUGAAAUAUUAAGUGAGAUUUAUUUUUUAUGAACAAAGUACUGUUAGUCACAAUGCAAAUUAGUUUUGCAUUGAAGUGUCCAUAUUUUUGUAUAUAUUCUAAUGCUAGGCUGUACUUGUAUAGAAUUUCCAAUGUCAUUGUGUAAUAAUAUCAUACAAAAUUGGCCAUUUAUCUACCUACAUCAAGAAAAUAUAAGUAUUAAACUAC